AUGAAGCUGCUGCAGAUUGGAACCUAUUCAUCUCGUUUAGAGAACAAUCAGUUUUUGCAGGUGCCUGGUGCUCCGCUGCCGCGGUUUGUCCCCCCGCCUUCGGCCUUGUGCGCGAGAUGUCCGGGCAGUGGUGGUGCGGACGACCCAUCGGCGUUCCUGAGACAGCUGGCCGCUGGUCUCGACCUGCUGUUUUGGAAUUUCCUUUCAGGUACACCAUUCGGUGCGUUCCCUGUCUCAUUUCCUUCUGCGUACGACAACCACAUGAUAGAGCUCAUUGUUAGCGACUACACCAUCAACACAUUGUUCUACCAACUACAUAGAAAACAAUUCCUGACAUUCCAAAUUGGACCUGAUACCCCGAAAAUUGGUGAACUACUGAAGACAACUUGUAGCGAAGACGAGGAUGAGGGAUUGGAAGGCACAGAAGUAGAGCUCGACGAAAACGAGGAGUCGCGUCGCUUGAAGAAUGCAUUGCGGAAGUUAAAAAAGUUGAGAACCAGACGAUCUACGAAAGAAAGAGGCAAACGACAAGAUGAUGCAGGUGGUCUGGCUGACCUUGGAAUCUGUUUUGGUGAUAUUCUACCAGCCGUUCGCGAGAAGUAUCCCAAUCAGAGGAUUUCCAUUGUGAUACGUACGGUUCGAGCACCUUCGGUGAUUCUCAGUCAAGCUCAAGGAGGUACUGUGAUCCUGGAUCUGGUUGCUGAUGCUGACCUUUACAUCCUUAACACCAACAGGGUCGGAACAAUGACAAUCGCGACAACCGUGGUCAUUGUGGCACAACUGCGUGGAAAUCAAUUCUAUGGAACAGCAAUGAUCACGAAUCUCAAGUUGACGGACAGGGCCGGAACACUGGGUCUACCUCAGGACGCUCUCGAUAAUCUCGGAAAUCUCGGAAAGGAACUUGUUCAGAAGAUGCUGAGUGACACAUUACAAAAAGGUGUGCAGAUCAACAUACCUACCGGAAGUGUGGCCGGUCUCCCGAUCAACAUCAUAAACCCGUCGAUGCGAAUCAUUGAACAUGGCCUGUACAUCGCCACCGACAUCACCAUCUCUCCAUCACUGUUCGGAAUCAGCGGCGGACAACAGUGCUGA